UCAGACAGAUCCUGACGGCGGGCCACCACGACCAGAGAAAACCUCCACCAACCAACCAACCAGCCGACCAGCCAAGCUGAGCUCAUCUCCGAAUCUUGCAAUUGGUGAACCACCCUUUCGAGCGGCAGUCUUCAGCGCUUUUGUGUCUUAAUCGACAUAUUAACAGGACGAAAGAAAAAUGAGCUACACCGAGGACAAAAAGCCCCUCCCUCCAUAUGCGGGACCGCCUGCAGAUCCUGAAGCUGACUUCAAGAAUCUUGCUGAUUACCAGAAGAAACUGAAGAAAUGGCUUGGCGUGGGAGCCGUUUUCCUGGUGCUGUUGGUGAUAGGAGCCACCCUGCUGGGCGUGUACCUGUCUAAGGACACCAGGAUGCUUACGGCCGAGCGUAAGCUGAAGUACGACGGGAAAGUCCUCCAGGAGAAGGUAGAGGUUGAUGUCAACCUGAAGACCGAGACUUUCUACACCAAGAGUGAAGAUGGAGAAACCGCCAUCAUGUAUGACACCAAAAAUGAUUUGGCUGCAUACAAGUUCUCCGGCCUCCACAUUUGCUUCAUCUUGGAGGACACUACAUACAGUGAUGAGGAAGUCGAGAAGAUGACAAAUGAGGUGCAGAGAGAUGACGAGGGCAAAGUUGAGGAGGCUGAGAGCGGCGGAGAAGUGAACAUCACCCUGGAUGAAAGCCGUGGAAAGGUCGACAAAUCCAUCCUGAGUGAGAAAAUGCUCGACUUCUGCAAGGCUCAUGAGGUAUACUGGGCCAUCGCUCGCCCAGAGGGCCAGGCAGGCGCUGAAGGCGGUGCUGCUAACAGCCGCCAGAAGCGAGGAGUGUGCAUCAGGUACUAUUGCUAUAGGUACAGAUACCUGUAUUUCUGGCGCUACUCAUGUCGCUAUUACUAUGUGUGGUGCUGGGGGUAAAUUGCUUAAUUGCUGAAUUACCCGAUCCAGGAUGGAACCCCAACAUUGACAUUUUAUUGCAAAAUGUUUGAUUGAAAGUUAACAACAGUGCCGAGGUCACGAUACAUUGUAACAGAUUGUUCCCGUUGACUCGAGAAAGAGAGAGAAAGAGAGAGAGAGAGAAUGCUUUGGAAUAUUUUCCAUUAUAAGUCUUGCGACACGUCUGAAUUGUACUAAUACAAUGGUGUUAAAAGUAUUGUUCUAACUUGGGUAGCUUUAUAACAUUAUUUAGCAUGCAUUAUGAUUUUGCAAAGAAGCCUUACAACGAAGAACAUUAAUCGACAUAGAUGUCAAUUCUCGGUAAAGGAAAGCUAUUGUAUUCUACGCUUUGACACUUUUCAAAUGUCUUCUCUUAAAUUCAACGUCAUGCCAACUUUUUGUACCCAGCGACGAGCGACGCACAUGCAUUUUCAUAGACGUUAAUCUGAUCGCAUUUAGCUCAAUAUGUUUUUAUUGUUUACCAAGCAGAGUUUCACAAAUAAUAAUCAGUUGGAAAGUGAAAUGUUUUGAAGAAAUCAUAUCAUGAUAAGAGGAACAUGUAUGUCUUCAAUAGCACUUAAAUUGACCGUCUUAAUACCGUCGUAAUAAACUUAGUCAGACAGCAUAUUAUUAACGGUGGGAUUACCUUGAUAUUUUUUUCAACAUGGUGUAUGAAGAAGGUUUACUGAUUCAAAUAAAAAUGGUGACAAAUUUUGA